UAAGAACUGAUUGUACUCUCAAUAUGACCAAACUGGUGUUUCUAGUAGCUGCCUGGGUAACUAUUGUUGUCCCUUUGGCAUCUUCCGAUGUGGCUGAGAAUGACCCUUUUCGUGGACUGGCGCCUUCAUAUUCUGACUCAAAAAACACUGCUCCGGUCUUAACCGUAUCCAAACCAGUGACCUACUCGCCAAAAGAAAUAUCCUACUUCAGAGACUCCACCAACGAGAACGGGGCCCUUCAAAACAGUCCUGCACCUGUUCCUGUACGCCCCGUGUACCCAACCACUGUGAGACCCCCAGUGCCAACAUUUAGCCUAGGAGAUGAUGUGAUCAAUAGAAACUCUGGGAGAUACUAUGAAAACAACUACCCGAGAAAGUAUCAAGAUGAAGGCUUCAUCAGAGGUAAACAAUAUUUCCAUAAUACAAGGGACGGAAGUUAUAAUGGUUUUCGCCAAUACGAUAACUUCAGGGCGGAACCCUACAAUGCCAGAACUGAGAAUUUCUACAGGAACAUGGAUUUAAACGGAAACUACAAAUACUAUUUCCAAACAGAAAACAAUAUUGCCGCCGGGGAAGAAGGCGUCCUGAAAUACUACGAUGAAGAGCACGUCGGCCACGAUGUCAACGGAUAUUACGGGUUUUACACUCCCGAAGGUGUGUUGGUUCAUGUCCGAUACACCGCCGAUCAAAACGGUUUUCAACCAGUGGUCGAAUACAAAACCGAUCAUCUAUACCGCGGUGUUCAUCCAGAGGUCUACAAAAAAUAG